AGAAGAAAUUAACAAAACCAAACGAGUCAACUCGUACAGGUCCACCUAACUCAGUCCUGGUGGUAGAGAUAGACUUGGGUAGGUGGGUGUUUUCCCUCACCAACCCCAACCGAGAUACACUCUUACCUACCGCCCACACACACCAAUAUAACCUCAACACAUUCAAACCUAACAAAUCCACCACACCUCCCGUCAGCACCAAACCAGAUGGCAUCUUCUCUCUCCAUUAAACCUUUCGUCGGAGCUCUAUCUUCCGACGAACCCUCACGGUUCGGUUCCUUACGUCAUUCCGAUCUUCGUUCUGCAGUCCUCCGGAUCUCAACAACUCGUGGAUCACGCUCUCGAACACUCGAGAUAAAAGCAGCUGGAAGUACGUAUGGAAACUUCUUUCGUGUUACAACGUUUGGUGAAUCUCAUGGUGGUGGAGUUGGUUGUGUGAUUGAUGGAUGCCCCCCUCGAAUCCCCCUGACAGAGGCUGAUCUACAAGUAGAUCUUGACAGAAGGAGGCCAGGUCAGAGCCGUAUCACUACACCUAGAAAAGAAACCGACACAGCCCACAUAUAUUCCGGUGUUGCUGAAGGAUUUACUACUGGAUCUCCAAUCAUGAUUAAAGUUCCCAAUACAGACCAAAGGGGAAAAGAUUACAGUGAAAUGUCAAUGGCUUAUAGACCGUCUCAUGCUGAUGCAACUUAUGACUUCAAAUAUGGUACAAGAUCAGUAGAGGGUGGUGGUCGAUCAUCAGCUAGAGAGACAAUCGGGAGAGUUGCUGCUGGUGCUGUUGCGAAGAAAAUUCUCAAGGCAUAUUCAGGAACUGAGAUUCUUGCCUAUGUCUCUCAAGCUCACAAAGUUAUACUUCCAGAAGACCUUGUGGAUCAUGAAACAUUGACACUUGAGCAGGUAGAAAGCAACAUCGCCAGGUGUCCACAUCCCGAGUAUGCAGAGAAGAUGAUUGCCGCAAUUGAUGCAGUCCGAGUGAAAGGAGAUUCUGUUGGUGGUGUUGUUACGUGUAUUGUGAGAAACCUCCCACGUGGGCUUGGUUCACCGGUUUUUGACAAACUUGAAGCUGAGUUGGCUAAGGCAGCUUUGUCUUUACCUGCAACCAAGGGAUUUGAGUUUGGCAGUGGAUUUGCAGGUACAUUUUUGACCGGUAGUGAGCAUAAUGAUGAGUUUUAUAUGGAUGAACAUGGACGGGUCAGGACAAGAACAAACCGAUCAGGCGGGAUACAGGGUGGUAUAUCCAAUGGAGAGAUCAUAAACAUGCGAAUCGCCUUCAAACCAACAUCAACAAUCAGUAGGAAGCAAAACACAGUGACAAGAGAUAAAAAGGAAACAGAACUCAUCGCUCGUGGCCGCCAUGAUCCAUGUGUUGUCCCAAGAGCGGUGCCGAUGGUGGAAGCAUCAGUGGCGUUGGUGCUGAUGGAUCAAUUACUCGCACAAUACGCGCAGUGUCAGUUGUUCCCCAUCAACCCUGAUUUCCAGGAACCAUUACAGCUCCCUAAACUUGAACAAAGUGGCAUUUCCCUUUGAAGCUUGAGAAAACUCCAGGAAAGCAUUACAUACAACUUUUCUUGCUUUGUAAGGAUAUAUAUAGACGGUUUGUUUGUACCCUUGACUGGCUGACAUUGAAACCAAGCGUCAUCCUAUCGGGUCAGAAAUUACAUGUAAUCUUAUUAUUUGGAUUCGUUUUGUUGGGAAUAGUAUCGGUUUUCGGUUUUGUACUAUCAAACUCCAGUUGUAGAUUUAAGAGUGUUCCCCAGAAUAAUAAAAAUUGAAAUCUUUUUUACCUUGAAA